AUGCAAAAACUUCUGCUUGCUACCGUAGCCCUCAUCGGCUUGGCAACCUGCCAAAUGGGCCCCUGGCAGGGUGGAUUCCACCAAGGAGGCCGAGGUGGAGGCAGAUUUUUCGAGCGCAUGCUCAGCCAGCUUCCCCCGCAGCUCCAAGCUCAGGCUCAGGCCAUCCACUCAAAUCAGGCGCUCUCCUUCGAACAAAAGCACGAACAAAUGCACGCGCUGAUCGAGACGCUGCCCGCGGACCAGCGUCCCAUGCCCCCAUUCAUGCGUAAUUUGCCGCCCAGCGUACAGCAACAGAUGAGGGAGCUGUGGUCGAACAAGGCCCUAACCUGGCAACAACGUCGCCAACAGAUGCAUCAGCUCUUCCAAAGCCUCCCAGAAUCGAUGCGGCCCCACUUUCCGCUUCCGCCGUUCGUCAAUCAGCUGCCGGAGCCGUAUAAGAGCCAAUGGAUGGCCAUCCACAACCAGCCUGGACCGGGACACUUCCAGAAAAUCAGGAACCUGAUCGCGACGAUGCCCGAUUCCGUAAAAGCCCAGCUUCCGAUGCAGGGCAGAUGGGGCAUGAUGGGAAAGGGCAGAAUGUGGGGACAACAGCAGCAGCAAUCCCAGGGGCAGUUCCGCUUC